UAUGACAUUAUAGGUGAAUGUCAGCCUGAGAACGAGAAGAAGAAGACUUAGAUACUUAAUUCAUCGGUGCUUUCGGCGGGAUUCUGUUUGGCUACUAUUGUUUUUUUUUAACAAUUUCGCAAUAUUGUUUAUUAAAUCAGCAUAAUUCUCAAAAUUUCAAAGAAGUCAUGGCAUUUGAAGAGCGUAUUCAUGUGAACGGCAGCAUGCUAAGACAAUUUGCCGGGCAAAAUAUUAGCAUCAUAUUGUGUGUGGAGGAUAAAGCCGGGAUGAACUUAUCAGCCAGCUCAACUGAUGACCAAAGAAUUACUGUUCUGCUUCCAGAAUCUAUCACCGCAUCGAAAGGUGAUUGGGUUGAGGUCAUAGGUAGACCUUCAGGACCCACGGCUGUGAAGGCUAAAGAAGUUAUUUGCUUAAAAGGCGACAACGCGGACUUUGAUAAAGAGGCUUACAAUAUGAUGGUUCAGUUUAUGAAUAAUUGCAAGGAGAUUUAUCGUUGUGGCUAAACUUUGUUUAUUCCUAUACGAUGUUUAUUUAUAAGAUAAUCGCUAAGUAAUUUUGUUAAAUAACUACACUAUAAAAGUUCCGAA